UGCAAAAUACAGUCUCUAUAACAAUAAUACUAACACCAUCUCGCACAGCGAUCUGUCUAUAUUUACAUUUUUUAUAUCAAUUGACAAUCCAUAGCCGUAUAGAGAAGUUGUCAUCUAGUUAGUUUCCCUUCGUAGUUGCAGAUGCCCUUUUCAAGUCCGUUUCCCGUUUGAGUAGCACCUGCACAUCUAUCCUGCUGCCCUUUGUUUCCUGACAUCACCCUGUCUUAAUAUAAAUGUCGAACAACCCAUCUGUGCCGCCACCACCUCCUUUUUCAGCACGAACAACGAAAAUACCUGAUUCGACAACGACGACAAUCAACCACCAUCCUCUGAGUGAAUUAAAUUGUGACUUAACUAAGAAUGUUAUCGCAAGCCCGAAUCUGCACCAACAUCGACAACAACGUUUAACAUUCAACACAUCCGGUGAGUGUGCUUGGGCCACCCAAUAUCCUGAAAUCCAGAAAGCAUGCUACCUUCGUCAAGUGUGUCAAUUUGCGCCCCCGAACGAGCUACGCCUCCAAAAUGUUACUCCAAUUUUGCAGGUAGGACCAACCUGCGGCUUAACAGCCCUAAGUAUGCUCUUCGAAGGGGCGCCUUCGACGAAAACGUUCCUCGAGUUGGCUAUUGCCCGUGGGUACUCCAACAAUGGGGAAAUGUUUAGCACGAACCAGCUGAACGACCUGUUUGCUAUCGGACUGGAAGAGAAUCGACAUCUGGUGGAGUAUAAACCGGUGCAGCAUAACGUCAUUGCAGGUUGGAUGGACGAACCAAGCAUACAGGUGCAGCUGAGAUGUGGCUCAAUUUUCUUGGUGCCAUACGAUCCCGAUCGAGAUCAUACCCCGUGUCUUAAUCGCGGUCAUAAAGCCCACUGGGCUCUGAUAAUUGGCUAUUUAAUAGAUGACUUUAACGAUUUCUACGUAUUUGCUAGACAUGGGAAAACGAAAAACCUCGCAUUAUGGCUACUUCGCGAUCUCGCUCGAAGUAAUGCAAAUCUAGAAGAAUUUUGUCAGCCGAUAGGACAUCCAGACGAAAAGUUCAUACUACCAGAAGGUGGAAUUGGAGGCCGCAAUGGACUGAGAUGUAAAUUCAUCAUGAUCGAACAUUAUAGGGCAAAGGAAGAAGUUAUAUUUUAGUUGCAUGCAAUCUGGCAGCUUUACCACGAUGCUGUAAAGGGCCUGGGCUGUAGACUAAUAUCUUUAUUUAUCUAAUACUUUACUGUAUUUGAUGAAUUAGAAUUGCAUAGAGCUAUCAAUUAUUUAUGGGUAUUUUUUUCAAUUAUACUGUUCAAAUUGAUAUUUACUCGAAAUCAGAUAAACAAUUAUAUUUUCAUGUUAUCGUCAAUAUUUUAACCAAAGAAACAGUAUUCAGAACUAAGUCACAAAACUAUGCAAAAUAUAGCAACUUAUCUCUUAUAAUCGAGCUGUUUCUAUUACUCGUUUAUUAAUAGUUUCGGAUCUAAAGUGAAUUUGACAGAUGAAUAAAUUUGUAACGGGUUAUUUUAGUUUAAUUUCAA